GUCUCUCGUUGCAGUAUUCCAGCUUCGUCUUGAUUCCACGAAUUCUCUCCGGAGGGUAUACAUUCCCGCACUGUCCCACGAUAAUCAAUCGAUAUUGGGAGCCCGCCACUCCCCGGACCUUGUUCCUGGCCUCUCUAUUGACCUAGAUCGGCCGCCCACAACCCACACAUCCGCAAACGCAGUGCACCACUGUCUUCAGCCCUCCUUGCCUGCUCGACAGGCAGUUUUCUGUCAACAGCUUUCGAUACCGGUCCCCAGUUGUGCCGCGCAGCUCCUCAGCCUUACAGCGACGGCUCGGAGUCGCCCUUCUUCCCCUACCAAUCCCCGGGGGCCUCGAAUAGCAUCAGGUCCAGGGCGGACGCCUUCGACCCAAAGCUAUCUAUCCAAUACCGGCGUUCUAGUUCACGCGGCGAUCCCUCACCCGAAAGGAACGCGCCUGUACCUGUGGCGAAUUUGCGUCUCGGUCUUGUUCAAGUUGAGAAGCUUGCCUCGACCUGAACAUCAGACACGAUUACCUUCUCCCGGGGUCGAAUCAAGGUGUAAAGGUCGGCCUCAGAGCUUAGGACUCGGCUUCCCGAUAAUCCCGGCCGGCCCCGCGGCAUGAAGGGUUGUGAUGGAUUCGGGUCCACUUAGAAACGCCGAGUUCUUCUCGAUGCCUAACAACCAAGCGGUCGAUCCUAUUGACCAACGCUCCGUGGCGAGAACCUCAGUGCAACAGCCUUCUCUCUGGGACACAGCGGGGUUGAAGCUAAACGCGGGUCUGACCAUGUCGCCUUCGGCCGGUACAACCCUGUCACUCGAUUCCCUUCCGCGACCGUCCCCUUCUACCGGACUCACGACCGUGUCCCCUAGUCUCUCGACUGCUUCACAAACGCCGGCGCAGGGAAUCCGGUCCGGGCCUGGGUUUCCGACUCGGCGCCGCCUAAGGACACGGGAUGGGCAUGAGAGGAAACGGUCCAGAUUAAGCAUGGACGAGGAAAGUCCGCUCGAAUCGGUCGAUUACUGGCUCAACUUCGACAAGGAGGACGGCUUGCCCAGCGUAUCUGAGACGGCCGGGCCUCGGAGGCCAGAUCUUGACAGCAAAAAUAAGAUUCCCACGACGGACGGGGCUUCUGAAUCAAUACCCGCACCUUCCGCCAAUGAUGUCGACGAGUUCCUGGACGACAGUGCCCUUGACAAUGCGCUAUCGGACGACGACGGCUUCUCCUCCAUCAACCUUACCGACCAACUUUCCAAAGUCGACACUGCACCACCUCAGGACGUGCCGCCACGAGAGGGCCUGUAUUCGACGCCCUUGAGUUGGGAGAGACCACAGCCGGGGAUACGUAUGGACCCGCUGGUUGGACUCAAUACCACCUCGUUGAAUGAAGCCGAGCAAAGGCGAUUAAUUGCCAUUGCCAUGAACCCGGGAUCGAGGAUGGGAGGCCUUGGGUCAAACAUCAACUUCAAUUUUACCGGGAUGAGUGCUACUAUGCCCAUGUCGUUUGGUGCUACACUGGGAGGCACAAGCACACCUCAGGGUCCGAAGCCCGUCUCUCCGCCUCAGCCGCCCGCAGCGCAACCACGCGCCGGGCAGUCUACGGCGCCAAAGAAGCAGGCGAGUACCGGUGAAAAGAGCAAGGAGAAGCCGAAGACGGGCGAGCGGGCGGCGCAUAACGAUAUUGAGCGAAAGUACCGGACAAAUUUGAAGGACAAAAUCGCGGAGCUACGAAAUGCGGUCCCAUCACUUCGAACAGUCUCGGAAGAAGGCGGCGAUGACGAUGAGACACAGCAGUCUAGGGCGGCUAAAGUCAGCAAGGGCACCGUCCUCGCAAAAGCGAUCGAGUACAUCCACCAACUUGAACGACGGAAUAAGGAGAUUGUAGAAGAGCACCGGGAGCUCUCUCGUCGCCUUCAAGCUUUUGAGCAAUUAUUAAGUGCCGCGGCUCAGCAAGCAUACACCAUGCCAGCCUACAGCAGAACACUAUUCGAUCCAAGAGGCUUCUGCUAGCAACACCCACCCCACUCACUUUCUCCGAUCAACCCCUGUAUAUACUUGUCUCCUUUCCUGAUCUUCAGCCUAUUGUUUUCGCGUAGAUACGCUGGUCGUUACUACCGCUGGGCAUGGAACGGCAACGGAAGAAAAAAAAUAAAGAAGUGGACACGCAUGAGCAUACCUCGUGGUCGGCCCGUUGGCGUAGAAUAUAUACUAUCUUCUCGCCGCAUGUUCGCACUAGCAAUGCUCAGAAGCGAGAAGCGGGGGAACUUACGAAGGAGCGUCUACACGCUUGCUACGUCCUG